UCGUCCAUCUUGUUUUUAUAUGGAAGUAGGUGAUUUUGUUUAGAUCAAAAACGUUGACAAUUAAUUGUGAAAUAUAAUUAAAACAUAAAUAUGGGCGAAGACAAUAGGAACGAUCGUGAUAAAGAAGGAAGAGAUAAAGACAGAAGGCGUAAAUCACAUUCUAGAGAUCGUCGGCGGUCGCGUUCCAGAAGUCGGGAUCGCAGAGAUAGGAAAAGAACUCGUUCAAAUUCACCGAAGAAAUCAAGAUCACGUCGUCGCAAGCCUUCUCUAUACUGGGAUGUACCUCCACCAGGGUUUGAACACAUCACUCCUCUCCAAUAUAAAGCUAUGCAGGCAGCUGGACAAAUUCCUGCUAAUAUAGUAGCUGAUACCCCACAAGCAGCAGUUCCAGUUGUUGGGAGUACUAUAACUAGACAGGCACGAAGGUUGUAUGUUGGAAAUAUUCCUUUUGGAGUAACAGAAGAAGAAAUGAUGGAAUUUUUCAAUCAACAAAUGCAUCUUUCUGGUUUAGCUCAAGCUGCAGGAAAUCCUGUUCUGGCGUGUCAGAUAAAUUUGGACAAAAAUUUUGCAUUUUUAGAAUUCAGGUCUAUUGAUGAAACUACACAAGCUAUGGCUUUUGAUGGAAUAAACUUCAAAGGCCAGAGUUUGAAGAUAAGGAGGCCACAUGAUUAUCAACCAAUGCCUGGAAUGUCUGAUAGUUCAUCCAUUAAUGUUCCAGCUGGAGUGAUCAGUACCGUGGUUCCUGACUCUCCACAUAAGAUAUUCAUUGGAGGUUUACCAAACUAUCUAAAUGAGGAUCAGGUGAAGGAACUUCUGAUGUCUUUUGGUCAAUUGAGGGCUUUCAAUCUCGUCAAGGACUCGGCCACAGGAUUGAGCAAAGGAUACGCAUUCGCCGAGUAUGUCGAGUAUGGUAUGACGGAUCAGGCUAUUGCAGGCUUAAAUGGUAUGCAGCUAGGAGACAAGAAAUUAAUUGUUCAACGAGCUAGCGUUGGUGCCAAAAAUACAGCAAUUGGACAAGCCGCGCCAGUUCAAAUUCAAGUUCCUGGAUUGUCUAUGGUCGGCACAUCUGGACCAGCUACUGAGGUAUUAUGUUUGUUGAAUAUGGUCACUCCAGAUGAAUUACGAGAUGAAGAGGAAUAUGAAGACAUUUUGGAAGAUAUUAAAGACGAAUGUAACAAGUAUGGUGUUGUGCGUAGUGUUGAAAUCCCGCGUCCGAUUGAAGGUGUCGAAGUUCCAGGCUGCGGAAAAGUUUUUGUGGAGUUCAAUUCCAUUACUGACUGUCAAAAGGCUCAACAGACACUUACUGGUCGUAAAUUCAGCAAUCGGGUUGUUGUCACAUCUUACUUCGACCCUGAUAAAUAUCACAGAAGAGAAUUUUAAAAUUCUAUUGUUAGUUUAUUUUAAAAUUUAAGAAGACGAAUAAUGCAUCUAUAGGGCAAUGUCAUUUAUAUAUGUUUAAAAUGUGUAUUGUGCAUCCAGAUGCUCAUUUAAUAUUUUAUUUAUAAUGCGUA